AUGGGCCGCAUACACAGGGGGCUACGCCACCAGUCCAGGGUGGGUGAGCGUUGCUCUGUCCAGAGGCCACACCUCUUCUACCUCCCUGACGUCCCGAGCAUUCCGUUCUUCCCUCGAGACGCUCAUCGCCAUGACAUCGAGCUCCUGGAGGCCAGCUAUCCCAUCAUCCUCGCUGAGUUCCAGUCUGUGUUCCAGAGGGGUGUCGACCCAAAACUGGGUUGGAUCAACCAGGGGCCCAAGGGCCAGGCGGUGUUCCCCCUGUAUAACGCAGGUGUGUGUGUGGGCGGUAACUGCCGUGUGUGUCCGUGUGUGUGCCGCGUGCUGCUGUCUCUGCGCACCUUCAUCAGCUCAAACGCUCUCGGAGCCGCCGGCUUCUGGCUCCUCCCACCCGGAGUCUCUGUGGGCGGAGCCUACGGACCCACUAACACACGACUCAGAUGCCACCUGGGAUUGCAGACCCCUGGGCAGUGUGAGCUGGUGGUGGGUGGAGAGCCUCAGUGCUGGUCAGAGGGACACUGCCUCCUAGUGGACGACUCCUUCCUCCACACCAUCUCACACAACGGUUCUGCUGAGGACGGUCCGAGGGUGAUCUUCAGUGUGGACCUGUGGCAUCCAAAUGUGGCAGCAGCAGAGAGACAAGCGCUGGAUUACAUAUUCGCCCCAGAACAAUAA